CUUAUAGCUUAAGCCACCGAUCUUUCGGAUCCUCAGCCGACUCCUUUACUCGAGUAAGGAAGAAAAGUUUGCCAAAGAAAUCAAAAGCUUUCUGAAAUUUUUACUAUUCUAUUUGGUAUAAGUAGUUUUGAUGGUCUGUUUUUGCUUUCUGGUGGAUCAGAGGUCAAUAAUGAAGCGGAGUAAACCGGUAGCUGGCUCCUGUUCGAGAUGUGGCCGUAGUGCUCACGUUGCUGAUAUGUGUACUGUUACCAGAUUUUGUUAUAUUCCUUUAUACUGGAAAUCUUGGAAGGCUAUUGUAUGUAGCUUCUGUGGUGCUAUUCUCAAGUCUUAUAGAUAACCAUGUCAUUAACUUAGGAGAUCAAUUGGAUGAGCAGUUAUCAUUAGCGCGGAAUUUGCCCUCAACAAUAGUUUCCAGUCAAGAUCGUCCCGUAUGAGGUUUUAUAUGGGAGUCAAUACCGUUUUUCGGUUGGAUGUUUUGAACAAGGUGAAAUGAAGCUAUUGGGUCCAGAUUAGUUCAGCAUGGUUCACCUUCUUUAAGUUCUCUUCAUGACUUUCUUUAAAUAGGUUGGUCUAUACUAUAUAUGGCCUAUAUUAGAAGUUAGGUUUCUAUUGUGGAUCUUUAAUUUUG